AAUGAAAGAACUGUCAUAUAAAACCAAAAAUAAACGAGAUAAUUCGACUGAUGCGGAGAAUACUGCGGAAGAUAUAAACAUUUCAGAACGGUCAUACGAAAAAUACUUAUAUUUUGAAGUUUAAGAAGUAUACAGGAGGAAAAUUGAACAAUUAAAUACGAUUCUGGUAUUACGCAAACAAAAUGUCGUUCAGGCUGUUAACGACACGAAUUUUUAAACAUGGUCGACUACUGGUUCAAAGCUACUUGAAGCGAGACCUACACAUCAACAUUCUGGACAACGGUCGUAAUCGAAGGAUCCCCAGUGCAUUAAAAGUCAGUGAUACCUUUAAUCGGCCUAAUCCAGGCAGAGUAAACCAUGCACCACAGUUUCGAAGCAAUAGCUUUCUGAGAUUUGGUAGUCAAGCUCGUCAGUUAUUCGUCGAUAGUGUUCUAAAUAGAGUCACAAAUCCAGAUUCGUCCAAACUCCGAUCCCAAGCUGCUAAAAGACUUAUGUUCGGCGAUUCAACGCCGUUUCUAUCAUUGGUUGGAGUAAGCCUUGCAUCAGGAGAUGGCAUUCUCACAAAAGAAGACGAAUUGGAAGCAGUAUGUUGGGAAAUAAGAAAUGCAAUGUCUAAGUUUCAAUCCAAGAUCGGUGAGCUGGAGAUAGAGAAACGUCUUGAUGAUGAAUUUGGUUUGAAUAAAUUAGAUAUUGGACCACCGUUGGCGAAAGGAUGUUCAGCCGUAGUUUACGCAGCUGCCUUGAAGGAAGAAGAAGCACGGGCUGCCACUGUGGAGACUUCAACUGCAAACGAAGAUCAUCUCGACCUUGCGCCAGAUGUUCAACAGUUCAAUUUUUUCGACCAGAGCUUGGAAAAAUAUGGGCCUAUUUUCGGCAGUAGUGUGGAUGAUUUAUGCGUCAGGUCCAACAUGGAUCGCCUGCUCGGUUUAAAAGAAAAUUACUCAAAAUCCAGAUAUUCACAGGAAACGGCUGUUAGUAAUUUGAACCGCAGACAAAGGUCUUUUGAGAAUAUUUUGGAAAGUGAUGGAAAAAAUCAUAGGAAAUUCAGUGCAUAUUUCGACAGUGGAAAUGUCGCAAAACACAACUUCAGAUUGUUGUCGGAAGUAAUUGAUGGGUUUGCCGAUUCCAGACACAUCAAAGAUAAAGUAUUGUCGCCGCCUCACGAGCGUGAAAAAGAUGCAAGCAUAGAGCAUUACCCUCUUGCGCUUAAAAUGAUGUUUAAUUACGAUAUACAAAGCAAUGCGAUGGCAAUUUUGAAGGCAAUGUACAACGAAACAGUACCAGCUAAGAAGAGAAACACUUCGGGGACAGAUGAUUGGGAAAAAUUUUUGAUCGAAAAAACAGCACAUUUACCACCCCAUCCAAAUGUCGUUCAGAUGUAUGGAGUUUUUUGCGAUGAGAUACCCCACUUGCAAUUGUCGAAUUCUCUUUACCCGAUGGCUCUACCACCACGCUUGAACCCUCAGGGCUAUGGGCGCAAUAUGAGCCUGUUUCUAUUGAUGAAACGAUAUAAUUGCAGCUUGUAUGAUUAUCUUCCACAUAAUGAUUCACUUGAUAUGCAUACCAGAGUUCUGCUAUUCGCACAAUUGUUAGAAGCCGUAGCUCAUUUGAAUCGUUAUGGCAUCGCGCAUCGUGAUUUGAAAAGCGACAAUAUAUUGAUUGAAACUCCACCGAAUAUGCCGCCGAUAUUGGUUUUAUCAGAUUUCGGUUGCUGCAUUGCGGACAAAUCCAAUGGAUUGCAUAUUCCGUACACAUCUAACCAAAUAGAUAAAGGCGGAAAUACGGCACUUAUGGCUCCAGAGAUCAUAAACAAACAACCUGGAACAUUUUCCGUUUUGAACUACUCCAAAUCGGAUCUAUGGGCGUGCGGUGCAAUUGCGUACGAAAUCUUUGGAUCCACCAAUCCGUUUUACCAGAGCGAGGAUAAAUCCAAAUCACUUAGGAAUGUUAACUAUAGCAUGGAAGAGCUUCCUCCAUUACCUCAAAAGGUUCCGCAAAUCGUGAAGAAGUUGAUAGAAAACAUACUUGAAAAACAUCCAGCGAAGAGAUUGAGUUCCGAUGUAGCGGCUAAUGUUAUGCAGCUCUUUCUGUGGUCCCCGUCUUCCUGGCUCAAGAGCAACUCUAACCCAUCGAGCAAUGAAGUGCUGCAGUGGCUGUUGAAUCUUACCACCAAGAUUCUAUGCGAAAACUGUUUCCAACCAGGCAACGAGACAAUCGGUCGACGUGCUUACACGGAAUAUUUACUGAUUUCCAGUUUCUUGGUGCGUGCACGAGUACGGCGAAUAAAACGCGCCCUUGAGUGGAUUCAUGCUAUAGAAUGAACGAUUUGUAAAUAUUGAAAUGUAGAAUCUUAUUACAUCAGCAGAUUGAUAUAUUAAAAGUGUUUGUUUGAAACCAUAUGCAAAUGUGACAAUCUGCUUCUAGAUGAUGAUAAUGCAAUCUAUAAUAAGUGUCAAAAACUGAUGCACUACAAUUAUGAGAUACCGUAAAUUUACAAAUAUAAAGUCAUAAUAUAAAGAAA